AUGUCUGUGGAUGACGUGCUAGCUGGAGGACAUAGCAUCGACUCUACCGUAAAAGCAAGAGAUGAAAUCUCUGAAGUACUACGGUCAGCCGGUUUUCCGCUAAGGAAAUGGACCUCAAACUGUGCGGAAAUUCUAAAGGACAUCCCAAAAACGGAUUUACUCAGUGAAGACUUUUUGGCAUUCGAAGACACCAGCACGGUUAAGGCUCUUGGCAUAAGAUGGAAUGCCCAUACGGAUAUUUUCUAUUUCAUGGCAAGACCAUUGGAGGACCGCGAUACACUUACAAAAAGGGCGAUACUAUCAGCUAUCGCCAAGCUAUUUGAUCCUCUAGGAUGGCGUGCUCCAAUAGUCGUCAAAGUAUUUGGCUAG